UCGAUGUUUGCUGGCAUCGCCUCGCCCUGUCUUGUGUGUGUGUGAGAGUGUGUGUGUGUGUGUGUGUAUGUGAGUGUGUGCAUAUGUGGGGGUGUGAGUGUGUGAGAGGAAGCGGGAGUGCGUGCGCGUGUGAGUGUGUCCGUGUGUCUGUGUGUGAGUGUGUGUGUGUGUGUGUGUGUGUGUGUGUGUGAGUGAGUGAGUGAAUUCCAGAUUUUCUGUCUUUCCCAAACCCGCGCCUGUCCUCUCGCGUAUCACUCACAGCCGGGAUCUGACAGCAGCCACAAACCUACAGUGAGUGAUCGCUCCCCCCAGCGCGGAUCCGCCAUAGAGAUCGGCCAGGAGGAGGAGGAAGAGGAGGAGGUGCAGGAGGAGGGAAAGGGGCGAAGGAGGAAGAAGAAAAAGAAGAAGAAACCACUACCUUCCCAGGAUCGCCUUUUUUUUUUCCUUCCUUAUCUUUAGGCGCGCGUGUGCGUGUGGCGCGUGUGCGUCCCUCGUCCCUUCCAUCCGAACCCGGUCUUGGAUGUUUAAUAAAGAAAUCAAGUGUCUCAACAGUCACAAAAAAAAACCAAAAACCAAAAAAAAAAUAUCCAAAAAAGCAAAAACAAAAAGAGAGAGAAAGAGAGGAAAAAAAAUUCAAAACAAACAAACAAACAAGGCACAGCCAACCUCUACUUCAAACCAGCCGGCACAAGCCACCCGUGUCUGCCACCCAGGAGGGGGGUCGCUGGCCCGCGGUGGAGGAGUUGCAGGGGGGAUCGUCAGGGGGACAGAGGCCGAGACGCCCCAGGAGCCACCGGGCAGGAGGCGGAGGAGACCCGGCAGGCGAGCGAGACCGCGGGCCCCGCGCGCGGCCGGGGCUGGGGCGCCAGAAGUGGGACUGGAGCGAAGUUGAGCGAUGCCAAGGAGGAAACAGCAGGCACCCAAGCGGGCGGCAGGCUAUGCCCAGGAGGAGCAGCUGAAGGACCAGGAGGAGAUAAAAGAGGAAGAGGAGGAGGAGGAAGACAGCGGUUCCGUGGUUCAACUCCAGAGCAGCAAUGACCCCGGGACAGACGAGGAGCUAGACAUGGGCCCGGAGCCAAAGGGCUGCUUCAGCUACCAGAACUCCCCAGGCAGCCACUUGUCCAACCAGGACGCGGAGAGCGAGUCUCUGCUGAGCGACGCCAGUGACCCCGUGUCCGACGUCAAGAGCGUGUGCGGCCGGGAUGCCCCGGACAAGACAGCCGGCGCUCGGCCCAAGCUGCCCGGGGAAGCCCACAACUGCAUGGACAAAAUGACGGCCGUCUACGCCAACAUCUUGUCUGAUUCCUACUGGUCGGGCCUGGGCCUGGGCUUUAAGCUGUCCCACAGCGACAGGCGGCAUUGUGACACCCGAAACGGCGGCAGCAAGACGGAUUUUGAUUGGCACCAAGACGCUCUGUCCAAAAGCCUGCAGCAGAACCUGCCCUCCAGGUCCGUGUCGAAGCCCAGCCUGUUCAGCUCGGUGCAGCUGUACCGGCAGAGCAGCAAGGCGUGCGGGAGCGUCUUCACCGGGGCCAGCAGGUUCCGCUGCCGCCAGUGCAGCGCCGCCUACGACACCCUGGUCGAGCUGACCGUGCACAUGAACGAGACGGGCCACUACCAAGACGACAACCGCAAAAAGGACAAGCUUCGGCCCCUGAGCUACUCCAAGCCCCGCAAGCGGGCCUUCCAGGACAUGGACAAGGAGGACGCCCAGAAGGUGCUGAAGUGCAUGUUCUGUGGCGACUCUUUCGACUCCCUCCAGGAUUUGAGCGUCCACAUGAUCAAAACGAAACAUUACCAAAAAGUGCCUUUGAAGGAGCCAGUCCCCACAAUUUCAUCAAAAAUGGUUGCUCCGGCGAAGAAACGUGUCUUUGAUGUCAACCGGCCGUGUUCCCCGGACUCCACCACGGGGUCGUUCGCGGACUCGUUUUCGUCCCCGAAGAGCAGCAGCCUGCAGCUGUCCUCCAACAACCGCUACGGCUACCAGAACGGCGCCAGCUACACCUGGCAGUUCGAGGCCUGCAAGUCCCAGAUCCUAAAGUGCAUGGAGUGUGGGAGCUCCCACGACACCUUGCAGCAGCUCACCACCCACAUGAUGGUCACAGGUCACUUUCUCAAGGUCACCAGCUCUGCCUCCAAGAAAGGGAAGCAGCUGGUGUUAGACCCGCUGGCGGUGGAGAAAAUGCAGUCUUUGUCGGACGCGCCGAACAGCGAUUCUCUGGCUCCCAAGCCAUCAAGUAACUCAGCUUCCGACUGUGCAGCUUCCACGACUGAGAUAAAGAAGGAGAGUAAGAAAGAAAAGCCAGAGGAGGCCAACCAGGAGGAGAAAGCCGUGAAAAGCGAGGACUAUGAAGACCCUCUACAAAAGCCUUUAGACCCCACAAUAAAGUAUCAGUACCUGCGGGAGGAGGAUCUGGAAGACGGCUCCAAGGGUGGAGGGGACAUCCUGAAGUCACUGGAAAACACUGUCACCACCGCCAUCAACAAGGCCCAGAAUGGGGCUCCCAGCUGGAGCGCGUACCCCAGCAUCCACGCCGCCUACCAGCUGUCGGAGGGCACCAAGGCCUCCUUGCCUCUGGGCUCCCAGGUGCUGCAGAUGCGGCCUAACCUCACCAACAAGUUGAGGCCGAUUGCUCCCAAGUGGAAAGUCAUGCCCCUGGUUUCCGUGCCCACGAACCUGGCCCCGUACACUCAAGUGAAGAAGGAGCCAGAAGACAGAGAGGAAAUGGUGAAGGAGUGCGGGAAGGAAAGUCCCCGCGAAGAGGCAUCAUCUUUCAGCCACAAUGAGGGCGAGUCCUGCUCCAACAGCGAACCCCCUUCCGAAUCCAAAAAGGCUGAGCCUUGUCCCCCAAAGGAGGAGGACAAGCCGAUGAAAGAGGGCGGUGAGAAGGAAAAUCCCCAGCCUCUGGAGCCCGCGUCUCCCCUCAGCAACGGGUGCGCCCUCGCCAACCACGCGUCGGCCCUGCCGUGCAUCAACCCGCUGAGCGCGCUGCAGUCCGUCCUGAACAACCACCUGGGCAAAGCCACGGAGCCCCUGCGCUCCCCUUCCUGCUCCAGCCCCAGCUCAAGCACAAUCUCUAUGUUUCACAAGUCGAGUCUCAGUGUCAUGGACAAGCCGGCCUUGAGUCCUGCCACCGCGAGGCCGGCCAGCGUGUCCAGGCGCUACCUGUUUGAGAACAACGAUCAGCCCAUCGACCUGACCAAGUCCAAAAGCAAGAAAGCCGAGUCCUUGCAAGCACAAUCCUGCACGUCCCCGCCUCAGAAGCAUGCUCUGUCUGACAUCGCCGACAUGGUCAAAGUCCUCCCCAAAGCCACCACCCCGAAGCCCGCCGCUUCCUCCAGGGUCCCGCCCGUGAAGCUGGAAGUGGACGUCAGGCGCUUCGAGGAUGUCUCCAGUGAAGUCUCGACGUUGCAUAAAAGAAAGGGCCGGCAGUCCAACUGGAACCCUCAGCACCUUCUGAUCCUGCAGGCUCAGUUUGCCUCCAGCCUCUUCCAGACGUCGGAGGGCAAGUACCUGCUGUCCGACCUGGGCCCCCAAGAGCGAAUGCAGAUCUCAAAGUUUACGGGACUCUCGAUGACCACCAUCAGCCACUGGCUGGCCAACGUCAAGUACCAGCUUAGAAAAACGGGAGGGACGAAAUUUCUGAAAAACAUGGACAAAGGCCACCCCAUCUUUUAUUGUAGUGACUGUGCCUCCCAGUUUAGAACCCCUUCUACCUACAUCAGCCACUUAGAAUCUCACCUCGGUUUCCAAAUGAAGGACAUGACCCGCAUGGCCGUGGAGCAGCAAGGCAAGGUGGACCAAGAGAUCUCCCGGGUGUCGUCGGCUCAGAGGUCUCCGGAAACCAUAGCUGGCGAAGAGGACACAGACUCUAAGUUCAAGUGUAAGUUGUGCUCUCGGACAUUUGUGAGCAAACAUGCAGUAAAACUCCACCUAAGCAAAACGCACAGCAAGUCACCCGAACACCACUCUCAGUUUGUAACAGACGUGGACGAAGAAUAGCUCUGCAGGACAAAUGCCUUAGUUCCAGCUCUCCAGCCUGGAUCCCUUCAUGCGGAGCCCUGGGUUGCACCACCCCCGCUUCUGACAUUGAACUCCUGGCGCCCUGCUCUCGGAAGAUUGCCCAAAAACCCGCCCAGCCAUUUCUCUUCAUCCGCACUAACAAUUUGGUAAUGAAGUAUUGAUUUCCACUUCUCUGCUUAUGGACGAUAUUAGAUUUUCAUUGAUAAACUGCAGCGGGGCCGUCUCGUCUCCAUGGCCCCCUUUUCAGUGUCACGAGGAAACAAAGUGCCCCCGAAGAAAAAUCACGCCCGAGAACACCGAUGGACUUAUUUUGUCCGUUUGUAACACUUGACAGGAAAGGGUGGGGGCGGGGGGGGAGUCGAAGUCUCCAUAGUUUCAUGUCCAAGUGGGCUGCACGAGCUGUGGCCGCUGGGAAGCCGGCUUCUCCGGGUAAUGUCCGUUUCCUAUUUAUAACCCCCCUGGGAGCGUUUGUCUAAGGAAAUGUUUCUGUUCGGAGCAACAAUUACGGUUGCACCUGGAUUGCCCAGUCCUGCCCCUGCACCGGGGAGCCAUUCAUCACCGCAAAGUGGAAGAAUUAUUAAGUUAAACCAGACUUUGAGCCAAGGAAACCUCCGAACAAUGUGAGAGUUGUUCAAACAGUCAGGCUUAACCGUGUGGCUGCCGAAGACGUGUUCCCGUGCAGUGUGGGCAUCUCUACGGUCGUCAUCUUCACUGGGUUAAAAAAUAUUAGUUUUAAGCCUGUGCCACGGUCGUAGGAGACUGAGAUUGGGAGAAGGGGGAGCUUGGUGCGAUGCCACUCUGAGAGGAAGCCAGAAGCUGAGGUCACGGCCAGCUGGGAAGUUCAGCCGCAGCCUGGCCUGCAGUCUCUUCGGCAGGACGGUUGUUGAUGGCUCUGAGGCGAGCUCGCCUUCAGAAGCAACGGAGAGCAUGAAAUAGGGUGUCCAUUUUAAAUGUGUUUCUGCAACUUUUUUCAUUAAAACUUUGAGGGCCCAAUUUUAAUUUGUGGAAUAUUCCCGUUAAUAAUGAGAUCUAAUUAAGACAUCCAUUAAAAGCCCGUUAAAGUUAAUUUAACGUAAAAAUUCCAAUAGAACUGUAUUAGAUUUUCUCCAUUAAAUUAACGUUAUGGAUUUUUAACGGAUGUCUUAAUUAUACGUUAUUAUUAACAGGAAUACUGUAUUACACAGAUUAAAAUCAGGUCUUGCGUCAACUUGGAAAAGCUACGAGUGUGUUUUAAUAUUAAAAGUCUUGCAUACCUAGUGCACACUCUGGAAAUGCAGGGGGUAGAUCUAUUUACUCGAGUUGAGCCUUUUCUAUAUAACGGAAAGCAAGCUCUAAUAGAGAAAUCCAUCAUUGCAUUUAAACAGUGAAUUUCCUUAUUCUCAAAGGACAACUAAGGCUGGAUUGUGUUGCAACCUGCUACUCAGCAAUAGGUGAUUCUUGGCACAACACAAAGAACUAGAUGAUUUUGAAACAAAAGGAAUAUUUUUGUUGUUGCUUUAAUGACCAAGGUUAUCACACACCAAAAAAAUCUCAACACCAACAAAAUGAAACCAAAUAUAUCCUCUUCACCAUUUCUCAUGGAGGCUGCCUGUUGAAUUGUUUUUGGAACUUUUGACAUGAUCCCUAAAUUCAACAUUGGGAUUUAAAAAAAAAAAACUUCUUAUUUACCUCCUAGGGAAAGUGUUGCCCUUAUGCCACAUAUAAUAGCAAAUUGCUUUUUUUAUGGCAUGCAUAACCUAGAUGGGGAAAAAUAUGGCGCUUCGGGGAAGGAGGGAAAAAGUAAAUGAAGUUCCAGGAAUGUCAUUCUGAAGUAAUGAGGCAUGGACAGAAAAUACAGCCCUCACAUCAUCGGAUUGAGAUGGCAGUCGAAAUAGCUUCAUUGAGGUGUCAGCACUCAUCCAUCAAUCAAUCACCCACAAGGAAAAAUCACAACAGUACAACGGGGCGGCUUUUAUGGGAUUUACUCAUGGGCAUAGGAAAUAGCGGCUCAAAUGUAGUUCUGACAUGAAGAGCAAGGUGCUGAUAUUAUUUUUUAUGAUGGGAGGAUCAUAAAGUGAAUUGAGAACAGCGAGGUCUGUCUUUGCUUAACCUAUUCAACCAGAAAUGAAUGGAGCUCAACCGGAAAGGAACAGUCUUUGGAUGGGUUAAGAUUGAAGGGUGGACUCUACUGAGCCCUGUCCUUCGACAACGAAAUUCUAUUAAAGGGAAAUCAGUGCAUUAGCAUUGAGGUUCUUGAAGCUGUGCAAAAUUGCCUGCUCCAACCCAGGGGUAUUCGAUAAAGUUUCAUAAUUCAGAUUCUGCCGCAAUGUCCAAAAGCAAACUCUUGAGCUCUUGUUCCAACCAGGGGGGGGGAUGGAGGGGAACAGUGCAGUUCUCAGCUCCGUGGAAAUAGUCUCCCUUCUAAGAAAAAAAAUAAAUCAUCCGCUUCAACAUAUAAUCCA